AAAUCUCACUUUGAAAAGAAGAUGAGCAAUUGUCAAUACUGGCUGUUGAAGACAGAGCCUAGGGAGUGGUCAUGGGAUGAUCAGAAAUCCAACGGUGGGAUUUCAAAGUGGGAUGGGGUAAAGAACAAGCAAGCCCAGAAUAAUAUGAAAUCUAUGAAGAUAGGUGAUCUCUGUUUCUUCUACCAUUCUGGGCCCAAAGAGCGUCGCGUUGUCGGAGUUUCCAAAGUAAUCAAGGAAUGGUAUUUCUGUGGAGAAGACGAGGGUGCGGUCGACAUUCGUGCUGUUGGGCCAAUGCGUCAGACCGUCGAUUUGAAGGAGAUGAAGGGAGAUGAUGGCCUAAAGGGCUUCGUUCUGUUCAAGCAGCCACGACUGUCGGUCGUUCCCGUGCCAGAGAAUGUCUGGGAGAGGGUUUGUGAGAUGUGUGGUGGGUAUGAGGAGGAAGGUGUUUGAUGUGUGGUUUGGUAACGUUUGCAGUAGGUGUUGUUGUUGGUUUUUGAGAACUGGAGUGUUCAUACAGUUCCCCGUUAUAGAUGGGCCAUAACCUACAAUCACACAGGUCAGAAGGUUAGGAUCAUGUAACUGCUGCGAUUCUUGGAUAUGGUCCAUCGGUAAUGGAGCUUGACGAAUGAACGGUCCAGGUUUUGUAAAUACCUGACGGGUGUGCCUGUGGAGCCUUUGUUUUUGUUUCUGAAUCUUAAUCGCACAUAUGGGGUUUUCCUAAGAGGAUGUCUCCUUGAAUUUUAGUCACUUUUUAGAACAUCUGACACCUGCACAUCAGGUGUUUGAUUAAGUUCCUUCAAGAAUUUUUAGUAGUA